CCGAUAUUCUCGUUCUCCGGUAUUUACACCAACGAUUAGCUAUCUGCCCUCCCCCCGAUUUCCGCAGAGAUAGUCGCGAUCUUGUUCUUAUCUUGCUAUUGCGGCCCUUGGCCGGAGCCCUUUUCCCCCGCCCGCCUCGCGAGAUGAGCGGUCUCGCCGAUCCCACGUCUAGAAAUACCAUAUUUCCUGGUGCAGCAGAUGCGCCAGGCAAGACACGAAAGCUUCCUCUCCUCUCUUCCUCCAUCCCAUCUUCCAAUCAACCCAUGGGCGACCCUAUGGAGGUCACUACGCCUGCUUCAGCAGCGGCAGCGGGCGCUGGACCCUCGGUCUCCAACAGUUCCGACCCUAAUCGAGCGGGUGCAAACACUAUAACCACUUCCAAUGGCUCGAAUGAAACUGGACACGCGCACAAUCAUGCAGCACCCAACCAGGCUAUCGGAGCUGCAGCAGCAGCACAGCAACCCAAAGUUGUGCAAACUGCAUUUAUUCAUAAGCUGUAUAACAUGCUAGAGGACCCUAGUAUCCAGCAUUUAAUAUCAUGGUCCAGCACCAAUGACAGUUUCGUCAUGUCGCCUACUUCCGAAUUUUCUAAAGUUCUUGCCCAAUACUUCAAACAUACCAAUAUCUCGUCCUUCGUGAGGCAAUUGAACAUGUAUGGUUUUCAUAAAGUUAGCGAUGUCUUCCAUACCGGAUCACCAGACUCGGCACUUUGGGAAUUCAAACACGGUAAUGGCAAUUUCAAACGUGGUGAUCUUAUUGGAUUACGAGAGAUUAAGAGGCGAGCUUCGCGGCAUGCGUUGAUUCAUCGCGACUCGUUUCCGGGUCAUAAAGCCGUCGCCUCCCAGCCUGGUACGCCAGCUGAGCCGGUCGCUGAUGCCACCGAAGCUCGCUUGAUGAAUUUAGAGCAUACAAUGUAUGACAUGCACAACCGCCUGAGUCGCGCCGAAGAAGGCAAUGUGGCACUCAAUGCAAGAUGCCUAGCUAUGGCAGAGAGCUUGAGCAGAUGCUAUCAUUGGACACACUCAAUCUCACGCUUUCUUCAAGGUGUGAUUCCGGACCGUGAAAGCUUGCUAUACCGGGAUGUGUCCAGCAUGCAGGCAGAACUAGAAAAACACCUCGAUAGCGUGCGAGCUCUGGAACACCCCCCUGAUCCGUACCUAUCUAUCCGACAACCCUAUGUCCCUACUGUAUCAGUCGAUCCGGGGCCACCUCUAUCUCCGCGACAAAUGCCGCAGGAAGACAGUCGUCGACCUUCGAUGAUGGAUACGGCCAGGCCCAACAUGAUUCGGCCUCCUGUCCCUUCACAUCUAACUGUAUCGCCUCGUCGAUAUGGUUCAAUCGGUGCAGCUAAUUCUUCCCCAACCUACAACCGCCCGCAGGUCCCGACGGUCAUUCCCCCACAACAGCCGAUGCCUCACCCUCUUUCAUCUGUCUCGUCGCCGCCAGGGCCCAAUUUGGCUCGUCGACAUACAUCCGCGGACAUUCGACAGCAUGGUUGGCCGCCUCCUGGUGUAUCUCCAUUCCCGUCUGCUCAUCAACCGGGUACGGCAGCAGCUCCUUGGUCUCCGUCGCCGCAUCGAACCCCAACUUCAAGUGAUCAACAAGUCAGAGAAGUUUUGGCACAGUACGAGAUGGGGGCACCACGACGUCUGCAGGAUACAUCGCGUCAUGCCACCCCACCCUUGAAUCCGGAACAAACAGUUUCCACAUCUGCCGCCGAUAACGGUUGGACAUUGGGUCCGAGGUUCUCUCGACAUGAAUCAUCUUUGCCUGCAACUAGACGAUCGAGCAUGGCUAGCAAUGUUCAUUCGUUGCUGAACCCCGCUGACACCGCUGAACGGCCUGAUGAGGAUCAGCAUGCGAUGAUCGAGGAUCGUAAACGAAAACGGUUGGAAUAGACGAACGUUGGCUUGCUGUCCUGGCUAUGCUCUCCCCAUAUGAUGAUGCAUUUUCUAGGGUCUCCGGCGAAGAUUCCACCAGGGAUCAAGUAUUAAUUCACCAUUACAAAGCCAAGCGUUCAGUACUGUAUAUCAUGGAAUAUUCACCAUAAUAUCUGGAUUUGGUCAAUUGUCAAAAUUCUUGGUGGAUCGAUAAACACGUACACACACAAACACACACACACACACUCUCUCUCCUUUAGCGGUCUGACUUCAAGGGGACAUUGAAUGUCCUUUCUUCUUACUCAACUUUAGGGAGGUGCUGAUUACUCUUUUGCCAGCAUUGAUACCUGUGUAACAUCAAAGGACAUCGUGGAUGUUAGCAUGUGACAUAUUAUGGUUGCAUUGAUGGUGGCGCCAGCAUCCGAGGCUUCUUUCGUCUUAUUAUCAUUUACCCUCGAGUUGGGAGGGCAAAAAGUUCUUGGGUAUUCCUUAGAAAGGAGAAUGUAUGUUGGUAUCUAGGUGGCUAUACUCUCGAGUAUACGUAGAUUUAACCGGCGGGCUGGCCCUUCAGAUCAAGGAACCAAGUGGCUGUGUGGAGUUGCAAAUGUGUAUAUAA